AUGGUCGCCACCGCUACUACCGGCCAGCAGAGCGAGGUCGCUCAGGCCCUCGCUGACCACCGUCUUUCGAUGGUCGGCGCCACCGGCGCCAAGGGUCUCAUCAAGAACGCCCGUACCUUUGCCAUUGCCGUCUUUGCCUCGAUGGGUGGUCUUAUCUAUGGCUACAACCAGGGCAUGUUCGGUCAGAUUCUGAGCAUGCCUUCGUUCCAGGCCGCCUCCGGUGUCAAGGGUAUCACCAACCCUACCCUCGGUGGUUUCAUCACCGCCAUUCUCGAGCUCGGCGCUUUCGCCGGUGUGCUCAUGAACGGUUACGUUUCGGAUGCCUACGGACGUCGCAAGUGUGUCCUGUUCGGCGUUUUCUGGUUCCUCAUCGGCUGCAUCAUCCAGGCUGCUACCACCGGUGGCUCGUACGACUUUAUCACCGCCGGCCGUGCCGUCGUCGGUGUUGGUAUCGGCUCGCUUUCCAUGAUCGUUCCCCUCUACAACGCCGAGCUCGCUCCCCCUGAGAUCCGUGGUGCCCUUGUCGCCCUUCAGCAGCUCGCCAUUGUCGCUGGUGUCAUGAUCUCCUACUGGUUCACCUACGGCACCAACUUUAUCGGUGGCACUGGCGAGAACCAGAGCCGUGCUGCCUGGUUGGUCCCCGUCACCGUUCAGAUGCUUCCCGCCCUCAUCCUCGGUGUCGGUAUCUUCUGGCUGCCCGAGUCGCCCCGUUGGCUCAUCAACGUCGGCCGCGAGCAGGAGUCCCUCGCCACCAUCGCCAGCCUUCGUCGUCUUCCCGAGUCGGACCUCCUCGUCCAGAUGGAGUUCCUCGAGGUCAAGGCUCAGAAGCUCUUCGAGGACCGCAUCUCGGCCCACGACUACCCCACCCUCCAGGACGGCUCGCGAUCGAGCAACUUCAAGCUCGGUGUCGCUGGCUACAAGUCGCUCUUCACCAACCCCGCUAACCUUCGCCGAACCCUUGUCGCCGUUCUCAUCAUGCUCUUCCAGCAGUGGACCGGGAUCAACUUUAUUUUAUACUACGCCCCUUUUAUCUUCAAGAAGAUCGGUCUGGAAGGCAACACGAUCUCGCUUUUGGCCUCGGGUGUCGUCGGUAUCCUGCUUUUCCUCUCGACCAUCCCUGCCGUUCUCUAUAUCGACACCUGGGGACGCAAGCCCACCAUGAUUGCCGGCGCCGCUAUCAUGGGAGCGUGCCACCUGUCGGUCGCGAUCAUCAUUGCCCGUUGCGGUGGCGACUGGCCCGCUCACCGCGCUGCCGGUUGGGUCGCCUGCGCAUUCGUCUGGAUCUUCGCCUGCGGUUUCGGAUUCAGUUGGGGACCAUGCGGUUGGAUCGUUGUCGCUGAAGUGUUCCCUCUCGGUCUCCGUGCCAAGGGUGUCUCGAUCGGUGCCGCUUCCAACUGGUUGAACAACUUCGCCGUCGCCAUGUCCACCCCCGACUUCAUCACUGCCGCUCCUUACGGCGUGUUCAUCUUCCUGGGUGUCAUGUGCCUCAUCGCCAUCGCCUACGUCAUCUACUUCGUCCCCGAGACCAAGAUGAAGUCGCUCGAUGAGCUUGACGCCGUCUUCGGUGACAACUCCGGCCGCUCGCAGUGGGAGGCUGGUAUGAUGCUCCAGGCCCAGCGCGAUGUUGGUCUCCUCCGCCUUGCCGGCAUCGAGGAGUCCAAGGCUGGCCUUGCCCACAACUCUUCGGACGACCAGAUCGACGAGAAGAGCUCCGACCUCGCCAAGGACGAGGGCCACGUCGUCACCCACACCGUCUAA